CUCAUCGAAAACCUUCUCGAAUCCCAGGGAAUAAUUUAUACCUUCUCAGCCUGAGAUUUAUUGGGGUAAUUCAGGAAACAGUAAUGUUGCAAUAAUACAUAGAGCUCAGAGCAACAGACUACUCAAUCGGUACCGUCUAAAAAGGAAAUGGUCAAAGCUGAGAAUCGUAAAACGUCGAGAUCUGACGUUAUCAUUCUCAUUCUCAUUUCACCAUGGCACCUAACAAACAAUCGAUAUCGACCAAAGAAUCGUCUACAUCUGAAAACGCGACGGCACCAACAGUCAGCGCGCGUCAAGCUACCACCAAUCUGCAACCAAGCCCUACUAUCACUGGCAAUUCUACGAAACCUCUGGCCGGUGGUAGUCAACCGAAAGUCAAUCAAAACGCGUCUUCUUCAACGAAGAAAGACCCUACCCUAAAAUCCAGCGGAAACGGCACGAAUUCUGAAUCAACGUUGACCGUCCACUCUGUUCCAGCUACAACCAAAGAUCGUCCUCUAACAGAGGUAAUCAGCGAGAAAUUUACGCCGUUCGACCAUAAUCGUCUUGUUGUGGGCCCAUUUACGGAGGAGACUGCUAGAGACGCGAGUUUCGAACAAGGUACUUAUGAGUCUACAACUCGCGUUCUCGCGCAUAUAUGCGUUUUACUAGUCCCUACUAAUCAUCAUGGUAUAUAGAACUAGGAGCCCUUCUCCUUGACGCGAUGCUGGAGACUCAUGCUUGGGCUGCAGCACGUCCAAAAUUCGAGAGUCAGUUGGCGGUGCAGAAGUUGGAGAACAAGAUUAGCGAGGUGAUCGAGGUGGAAAAUAGACAAGGCAUGUCC